AUGCAGGCCAAUGCAGUCGAGCAAGUCGCCAUAUGGCUCUGCGAAAAUCGGUGCCCCACGACGCUGGUGGAGCUUUACCACGAAUGGAAGACCGUUCACAAUGAAUUGCACGCCCGAUUCCUUGAAUUGGCUGCUGCGUGCACUUCAUUCGAUAAUCUGCCUGGAGGCGCCGAGGACGAUACAGGUGCGGCUCUUGAGGGGGCGGUGGCAGAUAUGCUUGUGGCAUACGGAAAGCAAAGGGGCAAGGCUGCUCUCUGGAGGACUGUCAAGAAGGCGAGGAAGCAGCUUUCAUCCUUGGACACCGCGUCUGUGGGGAACGAUGAGGGCGAUUUACAUUUGCUUCUAUCUCCUCUUGCUCCCGUGGCAACCACCGUUGGGGAGGAAAAACAGACUCUUCUCACUGAGACUCCGAGACAUGGAAUUAGUGUUAUUAGUAGUCACGGUGGUAGUGGUGGUGGUGAUGGCAUGGGGGCUCCUUUUCACCCACAACUCCAGCAUUUAGAGGAAAAGUUAGAACAGACGAUUGCGGUACUUUCAAAAGGACUGCCGACGCUUGUGAGUGCCGUGGAUCCCAUGCGGAAGGACGUCCUCAUUCCCAUCAUUGGCCUUACAGCAACCCUACAUAGCACAAAGGCGAACAAAGCCGCUUCUCGUCUUCAGCUUCUUACACUUUACACGCGUCCGAAUCGAGAGCACCGGGCGGCGGUUGCAGAAGCAUGGGCAGUGACAUUGCGAAACGUUCCAUCAUCUGUCUUGGAGUACGACAUUGUGCCAGAGUUGUAUAAUCUUGCAAAUGCAAGGUCAACGGAGAAGCACAUUUUGGCUCUGGAUUGUGUGAUUUGUCUAGCCCCUCUCUUGGGGGUUGGGUAUCAUGCAUUGCGUAAGUCCAUUUGCCAAGGUUUAUUGCGACCACUGAGUGAGGAUGAGGCGCGUACAGUGCGUUGGCAUGUGGUGCGGUCUAUUGCCGAACUUUGGCCUAUACGUUCUAGUGAUAUGGAGGAGAAAAACACGAGUCAUGACAUUGCGACUGAUUCUCUUUUAUGUUAUGCGGAACUUAUUUUACGUCUUGGUUUGUAUGAUUCCAGUGGUACAGUGCGACGGUUUGCUCUUCAGAGUUUGCGAAAACAUCUUCUACUUCCAGCGUGUACGCCAUGCCCUGUGGUGCUUACGCGUAUUUUACCAUUAUUCUUAUCAUUUCUUGAAAGGGAGUCUGCCGUGAUGGAUUGUGAUGAGACACCGAUAAGAAAAGGCAGUAAUGCCAGGGUGUCAACAAAUGUUGAUGUUGUGGAAGAAAAUGUGGCGAGGAACACAUUAAUAUUGGCCAGACUUAUCGAAGAUGCCAUUGGAAAUGCUCUGAAGGGUACUGCAGGUGGAAAUGGUGGGGUGGAGACGUUUGUGUUGAAUGCCUAUCUCCACGUGGUAAUGCCUUCCGCGUACGCCAUGGUGCUUGUAAGCCAAGAACAAGACACACUGCAGGCCUCCAUUUGCGCCGUGGCAUCGGCAUUAGCGUUGUUGGUUACUGCCCUUCGUAUGGAUCAAUGGGUGCGGGUGCGAAAUUCACUUGAGAUGUUUAUCGCAGAGAGGCGCGUUCGUGACCAUGGUGAUAGUGAUGUUAGGCGCAGCGCCGGGUGGCGUGAACGGCAGUUGUGCUUUCUUUUUGCCUUUUUGACGUCGGUCUCUGGCGGGAAGGAGACCGCUGAGAAAACUCCACAGGCCGAGUUCAGCAGCAUCAUGAAGGACGCCUCCAUAUGGUUGCGCGAGUUGUUGCUGUUGGAGGCGACGGAGGAUGGACGACACGAAGCGCAUGAACAGACGCGGGGCAAAAGGGGAGAGGCGGGUGAAUUUAUACAUGCAGAGGAGGCAAAAUGUGAUGGGGCGAAGCGAUCCGAGGCGAGUGCGAGGCUCGAUGCUUGUGCGAAUUGCCUCCUUUGGUUUGCAACGCAUGUGGAUGACGAAGGCGGCAAUGCGGCGGUGGUUUCCUCCGUGCUGUGGUCUUUUGCCAAGUCACAUGAGGAGAGGCAACGGAUGCUGGCCAUUGCCCUCGUGGAGCGUAUGAGCGGUUUACCGAAGAACGAUCGGGCGCGGGAAACGAGUAUUUGGCCCCCUUUGUUGCUUCUCAUGAGUGAUACCGUCUAUGCGGUGAAGGAGGCGGCCGUGAAGGCGGCGCUAUCAAUGGUCAAGUGCCUCAGCACCCCUGCUGCGCACGAGAAGGUGAUGACUGCGGUGUUCACGACGGUCGAGACGGAGCGAUGUGCGUCACGAUUGGGCGUGGCAUUCCUGCGGCACUGGUGUUCACUCAUGCACGUGAUGCCGGCAGAGCCACGCGAGUCAUUCCUGUAUCCCCAGCUGGUCACUAUGAUUGGCCAACUGACAGACACAAUACGUCGGAUGGAGGGAAAAGCGGCAACAGUAACGGCAUUGGGAAGAAGAGGCAGUCAACCGCCCCCUACGGAAGAGAAUAAGCUGAUCGAGGAUGCGUUAGAAUCGGUGCUCGCCGUCUUGGCAGCGAUACCCCGAUGCGCCGUUGUGACACCACAGCUUGUGAACAAGUACCUCAUCCCCAGCAUUCGGCUUCUUGUCUCUUUAAAGUCCCUUCCCGCAUCGAGCCGGUCCCAGCUGCUGAGCAUCACGAAGGAAUACACGGUGCUGCUGGAGUCCAGUAAAGGGCUCCGCGGUACACCCAGUGUAUUUGACCGAAUGCGAAGUGGGUGGAAGAGGCAAUUUUGA